AUGUCUAGAAUAGGAAGAUUUAAUAUGAUCGUUUUGUCUGGUACAGCAAAACCAAGUGCAAGCAUUGGACAAACACUGGGACCAUUAGGUAUAAAUAUGAUGACCUUUUUUAAGGAAUUUAAUGAUAGAACUAAAUGUAUAGCGAAAAAUGUACCAAUACAAGUUACAUUAGAACCUUUGAACGAUAGAUUUUAUUUAAGAACACCUACUGUUGUGUGGUUUAUUAGAAGAUGUGCUAGAGUUCCUAUGUUUAGUUCUAUGGCAAAACAUAAUACUGUUGGUUCCAUAACACUAGCUGAAGUUUUUCAUAUUGCCAAGUGUAAGCGUAUGGAUCCCCCUUUGAUAAAUUUAUCCUUAAAGAGUAUAUGUAAAUAUAUUAUUGGGACAUGCAACAGCAUGGGGAUAAAGGUUUGCAAAGAAUUAAAUGAUGAAGAAAAGAAAAAGUAUUUUGUUGAUGUUAAUAAGUUGGAUAAUAUAAAAAAAGACAUUAGAACUAGGAAUAAACAACAAAAAAGAUCUAAAAAAUGA